AUGGCCCUAAAGUGUUUAUGCCCUGCAACGGGCGGAGUUUCUAACAGGAAUCUGUUAAUCGUGUUUCUCUUCUUGUGCCAGACUAUAGUUUGUGACAGUCAAUGUCCAAAGUUUGCGGAAAAGCCCCUGGAAACACGAGUUCAAGAUGCUUCUAUUGUUUUUAGAGCGGUGGCAGUGCAGGCCCAUUUCCAGAGUAAGACCUUAGAUUUGGCUCUGGUGUCAAUUUAUAGAGGGGGAGUUGAGCUUGCAUCAGUGAGCCAAUAUUCUGGUUCACCUUAUAACACUACAGAUAGACAGGUAAACCUUAAAAUCGGCCCUCAACUAGAAGGAUGUUUCAACUGGAGCAUGGCUCCGUCACAAAGCGAGUUCAUUGUAUUCGCGAGGAUCAGUGACCCAGCCGAGGAUUUAGAGACAACCCCAGCUAACGGACCUUGGUUGGAGGCAACGUCCGCGUCCGUUCCAUGGAGUUUGGGAGUGGACAUUGCUAUCUGGAAUGCAGUCGGUUGGGCAGGCUGGGGAGAGUGGGGGGUUUGCAGCAAAACUUGUGGAGGAGGGACACAGACUAGAAAGAGAUACUGUUCCAAGGACUUAUGCGAGGGCUUUGGGGAGCAGGGCCGAUCGUGCAACUCUUUUGAUUGUGAAGGAGCGAUAAAUCCCCUUGCACCAGACGCGAGACGGAACUUUCAUCCAACGCAAGCACGAUGGCGACCAGUGCGUGAUCGACCCCACGCCUUCAGCCUGAGACCAAACACUUACAUCUGGAUUGCAUCGUCAGAGCUCUUUGCACCUGGAAAGGCUUUUCCCUCAGAAUUCACGCUAUUUGUUUCUUUGAGGCUAAGGCCAGAGAGCGGUGGUUACGGCCAAGGCACUUUGUUUUCUCUGCGCUCCCGGCGUCGUUCGGGCUCUUUCCUAUCAUUGGAGCUCACCGGUCGGGGGGCCGCUAGAUUAGUACAUGCCGGGGCCGGAUUAUCCCGCUCGAUUUACUUAGCGGUGCCAUUAUACGACUUUCGUUGGCAUCACAUAGCUAUAAGCGUUCAUGACGAUAAUACGGUCCGCGUUUACGUCGACUGCCGUUGGUUGAGGACAGAUGUCCUUGAAAAGGAUGCCUUAGAUACACCGAGGGACGCCGAUCUCAUUAUAGGCUAUCUUUUCUCGGGAGACCUCGAGCAAUUAGUGUUGGUGCCAAAAGCGGGUCAGGCUCAUAAGCAGUGCUCAAGCCAAGCAGUGGAUAUAUUAAGCCCACCUGAAACA